CCAAAUAUCUUUCCGACACGCGCUCCUCCCCGACACAUACUCAUUCGCACUCGGCCUCUCGGUCUUUUGCACAACACACCUUUCUUCUCUUUUUUCGUCGGUAAUUUACCGUAACGCUGUGUUGCCUCUGAUAACGGCGCUCGGACACGACACCUGUUCCAUAUUCAGCCGAACCCCGCACGGUAACUCACUCACCCACCACACCUCUUGUUCACAUCGUUCCUGCAUUCCACGCAUCCAUGGCACGCACUACCCGCUCAUCUGCGAGCCACGCAGAGAAGACGGAGGAUGAGAAUGAACACCCGGGCAGCCUUUCGCCCCCUACAUCCACCAAAGCAAAGGCCGCCGCUGUCGCCAAGAAGCGAAAGCGGCUCGGUACGGACAGCGAUGACUUGCCCGCUGCGAAGCAGGUCAAAGCCAAUGACGAAGAUACUCUGGACAGGGACGAGGAGGAGCAUGUCGAAGACGCAGGUUUCCCUCCACUUUCCGGCGACUUGCCAAUGAAUGACGAAGACGCCCAGAAAAUACUCGAGAUCUUGGAAAUGGCUGACACGCAGGCGCUUUUGGACAGAGUUUUUCCACUAGACGACGUACUCAGCCCCAACCCAUCUUCUAUUCCAUCAAGCUCAAAAACGCCGUCAGAUUCAUACUCGCUACGAACUUUGUUGAAGGAAGCGAAGGAUCAUCCUCUUAGGAUAUUUCGGUCUGCCAUCAAGCAUCUAUAUCCUAUUUCCUCACAGCCUAGGGCGCGAAUAUCACCGCCUGCCGCUCAACAACUCCGCUUCUGUCAACUCGCGCUAACGUUAAUCGAGCAAGCAUCUCGCAAUAAUAUCGAUGGCCUUUCGCUGAAACCCGAGCUCAUCUUGCCAGAAAAGAGCACGAAAGAGGAAGAUGAAAUGGACGUCAUUAACACGCGGCGAAAGUACGCUCUGGUGCAGAGGCUGCCGACAGGCGAUUUGUGGACAUCUUUGAGUACGGACUUGCCUGGCUCGGAUGCAAAGCCGCUUGCAGAGCUGAGCACCGGCCACGCGGAACUCGUUUCUAUUUUGCCGUCGUCAUCGUCUUCAAAGCCGAUUCCGACGCUCGGGGAACUGCAUGCGGACAAGAAUAUACAAUCGAAAUACAAGCCUCCAACUACGAGACACGUCAGCUGUGGCGCGUUCCUUGAUUACGGGCCAUAUGCGAGCUUCGCUCCUUCGUUUGACAGUGACGGUGGCGAUGUUGGGAGGGCAGGGGUGAGCAAGGUGCUUUGGCGACGCCAUGAAAAGGGGAAAGCACGGGAGAAAGCGCGGAUUUUAGGCGAUCGGUAUCGAGCGAAGCUUGCUGCACAGGCCGCAGAGUCCAUGGGAGUGGACGAGGUCACCGAGGUUGAGUUGACCGAGGGGAGAGCUGCCGAAUUGCGGAGGGAAGCGGAGAAGCGGAAGGAUCUUCUCGAGAAGCUGUUCAGUCAAGAGGAGGCAGAGCCUUUGCAGAAGAUCUUAGACGCUCUGGAUUGUGAAGAGAACGUCAGUGAGCUACUGCUUCACAAUGCAAAGGCGCUAUUACGCCUACAGGAGCUCCAAAAAGAGCGCCUUCGAGGGGAGAACGAAAGUGCGAGACGAGUCAAGGUUGGAUCUGAAGAAUGGAACCUUGCCCAUGCUAUUAUGGACUCUCUCACACUAUUAACGUCAAUGAGGCCUAGAAAACCGAAUGGAGAGGUAUCAGCCGUUAUCCCGCCUGCAUCUGUUCUACACGUGCUCCAGCAAACUCUGCCUGCGGAGGCUUCGCAAGGGUGGUAUGGUACGUUAUCCGAAUCACGCGGCUUUGCUGUUCGUGAUGAUACGACGGUGCGGAUGAAGGGGCCCCUCGAGGUGCCAGCUGCGGAACCUGCCCCGGCUACGACGCCUGCUGCUCCUGUUACGCAAACGCAUACAUCGACAUAUCCUACGAACUACUCAUAUGCGGGGUAUUCGCAACACUACCGCACUCCGUACACGACUCAAACUCAAGGGGGUCAGACGGGCAGUUACUUUACAGGUACCGCAGCACAGGGUAUAGGCACCCCGCAGGCACAGAAGACACAAACGCCUUAUACAUCACAGUAUGGUGGCACAACGCAGUACACUUACGGCUCGUGGUUCCCGACGCAAUCUACUGCGGGGAGCGGGGCUGGUACGCCUACGCCGAGCUCAAGGAAGGGAACACCACAGCCAUCGACGAUUACCUCUGGCGCGUUCACCAACUCGACGUACUUGCCGUAUAGUAGUGCGUUGGCGGCGGCGAGUUCGGCGACGCCUGUGAGGGCUGUGGCGAAUACGGUUACUGGGAAGUCGCAGCCGAAUGGGUGGACUUUGCCGAAUGUUGGUACACCAGGCGCAGGUGGUGCAAGGGUAGGAACAACGCCUACUGGGACGAGUGGCUUCACGUUACCUGCGCAUUUACGACCUGGGGGUUUGACGACACCAAUGAGUCCUUUGGCUUCGGGAUCGACGUUUGGGUUGAGCGCGACGCCAAACUAUGGUGUGGCGAGUACUGCUGGGUACCAAGCGACUCCUCCUGCCAACACAUGAUGAAAAAAGCAUGGAUGUGAAAGUGGUGCAUUCACCCACUCUUGGUGUCUGCUCCUCUGUUUUUGUCUUCUAUCAGUUAGACAUCUUUCAUACUUUGUCUGGUUUGUAUGUGGGGUUCUUUCUUUCUUUCUUAUUGACUUCUCUCAUUGUCAUCAUGAUAGUAGACUCCAAUUCCCUCCACUUCGAUUUGAUAACUUUAUUCCGUAUUGUCCUUUCCACUCCUUUCCCCCUUCUUUUCAUUCAUAUUCUCUCUUUAUCCUUGUCUUCCUCUUU